CCUUGGCAAAGAGCUCACUGAGGAACCCUCUGUGACAGAACCACUUCAAGCACCUCACAUCACCAAUGACUUCCUGGGGGAAGCUAUCAUUGAGGAAUCCUCCAUGCCAGAACCCCUUCCAGCACCUCACAUUACCAACAACAUCCUGGGGGAAGCGCUCGCUGAGGAACCCUCCGUGCCAGAACCCCUUCCAGCACCUCGCAUCACCAACAACAUCCUGGGCGAAGUGCUCAUUGAGGUAACCUCGAUGCCAGGGCCCCUUCCAAAACCUUGCAUCACCAAUGACCUACUGGGGAAAGUGCUCAUUGAGGAUACCUCAGUGCCAGGUCCUUCCAUCCUCACAGACACUCCAAAGGAAGCAGCUUCUGUGUCGGAGUCCUUACUAGAGCCUUCCAUUGCUGAUAAUUAUCUUCAGCAAGAAGUAGAACUCCUCAAAGGAUUACAGCAUGACUAUGUCCAGCAGCAACUGAGGGUUCGCCGCAUUUCCCAACAGUUCCCUCGUUCUCUCCGAGCCAUCAACCUGCAAAUUGGACACAUGCAGACAAGGCUCAUCCACAGUGAAGUUCGGCUGCAGCAGUGGGAAAGGGAAGAUGUUCCUGCAGGCCCUGCUGCACUUCUCCAGCCCUCUGGGUCUGAUUCAUCAUUGUCCUCUGCCUCCCUUGAGGUUGCCUCCAUCCCACCCUCCACCUCUUCCCUCCUCCUGCAUCCCUCUCCACCUCGUCCUCCUUCCCCACCUCCUCUGGAGCUGGACCUCAGCAAUGUGAAAGAAACUCUGCAGUUUGGUAGAGAUGCAGGUCCAUCAGCUGCAUGACCGUAAGUCUCACAGAGGCAG